GAGUGCCCCGCGGGGCAGGAAGGCACGUGGAGCCGUGUCUCCCAGGACCCGGAUUGAGGCAAGAUGGCGGGCUCGCAGUGAGCAGCUGUCAAGGGAUGAAAAUAGGUAUGCCUAGAAGCAGAUUUUAAAAAAAGUUUCUCUUCAAAUCAUCUUCUUUCGUAACAGCUGAUGAGCAUCUUGAUUCACCAUGGCAUUAGCAGCAGUAAAAUGGGCAAUAUCAAGCAGAACCGUCUUGAAACAUUUAUUUCCAAUUCAAAACGGAGCUUUAUAUUGUGUUUUCCAUAAAUCUACGUAUUCUUCUCUUCCAGAUGACUAUAAUUGCAAAGUGGAGCUUGCUUUGACCUCUGAUGGCAGGACGAUAGUCUGCUACCACCCUUCUGUGGACAUUCCAUAUGAACACACAAAACCUAUCCCUCGGCCAGAUCCUGUGCAUAAUCAUGAAGAAACACAUGAUCAAGUGCUGAAAACCAGAUUAGAAGAAAAGAGUGAACACUUAGAGCAAGGACCUAUGAUAGAACAACUUAGCAAAAUGUUCUUUACUACUAAGCACCGUUGGUAUCCUCGUGGACAAAUCAGCCUCAGAUUUUCUUCUGGGGAUUUACCCUUUCCCCACCCUCAGUCUAUGAGGUCUCAAUGGCAUUCUGAUUCCUACCUCAAGAUGGUCCAUGACCCAAGCCCAAGACAACCUGCACUUGUCUUCCUGAGGUGGGUACAUGACCUAAACCAGCACCAUCGGAUGACAUGUCAAGAAGUUUAUGAAUGCCACUAGAGAUAUAUUUUUCCU